CCAAGGUACAGACUUUUACAACAUCCGCACCCAUGCACAGUGAUUUGGAUCUGUGCUUUUUUUCUGUUCGCAUGCCAGGGAGACCACCGAAGAGGGCUUCAAUGGUUGGUAUGCCCGCAUCACCCACAAGUUUAAUGAAGAAAGGAAGGCUUGACGGAGGGUAUCAUGGCUAUGAAAACGGACAUAUAACUGGCGACCAUUUGGACAAGGCGUCAUUGCUCCACAAUGGCUAUAACCAGCAUAUGGUGGCACAAGCUGCAGCAGUGGCUGCCGCAGCGGCAGCGGCGACAGGAGCCCCCCCACACAUCAAUCCAUUGCCAUUUAUGGCAUUAAACCAUCAGGUAUCGCACCACAGCAUGAUUCCUAGCACAAUGUCUCCAUCCCUCUCAGUUCCAUCUAGUCAUUCUCAUCUCCAUGGACUUUCUCACCGAAGUGAUGGCGCUGGCGUCAAAGAUAGAACCGGACAUGGAUCGGACAUUCACUCUUCGAACAGAAUUCGAGACGAGCGUUCUGAUGCAGUCGGAGGCAAGGAAAAACAUUACAAUUUCGAAAGUCAAAGGAUAAAAGAAACAACAUACUUAAAUGGUGCCGCCACAAAUGGGCACAGUCCGGUCCUAAACCUAUCCCAGAACAGCAGCAGACUCGGAAUCACAGGACCGAAUCACACAGGUGGCGAUCACAGCGGAAGUGACGUUGCAUAUAAUGAUUUCGGUGACGAAGAUGAUAAUGAAACAGAUUUUGACGAAGACGACGAACGAGAACGAGAUUAUAGUGACAGCGCCGACGUCAGCAGCACAGCAAACACAGAUAGGCUUACAUCCAAUCAUGGGCUGCCAUUCCAAAAUGAUGGAACCGCCACCAUGGGCCAGGCUGUAUUUUCAAUAGAGACGUUGCUAAGAAACAUUCAAGGGCUUUUAAAAAUGGCGGCUGACAACGCUAGACAUCAAGAAAGACAACUUAAUUUAGAAAAAGUGGAACUGCGGGUUGAAAUAACCAGGGAGCGCGAGCUCCGCGAAACCCUGGAAAAGCAAUUAUUGGAAGAACAGAGGACGAGAAUUAUCUACCAGAAGCGCCUACGACGGGAGAAACGAUCACGUCGAAGAUUUCAAGAACAGCUCGAGGUGGAAAUGAAGAAACGCUCUCACUAUGAAGAUGCUUUGCGUAACACCUCAGCCGAAACUCUGCGUCUGUUGAAUGAGUCCUUAGCAGAGGAGCUGGAGAAGGAGCGACAUAACCGAAGUGAGAGUGAGAGAAAGAGCCAAGACUGCCAGAUGUCGCUCUGAGAAGAAGAAGCCAAAUAACGACCAAGUUGGUCAUUGUGUCGCUAGAUGUCCCAUGUGUUACAGCUGCACCCGUGAUGGAGACUUUGACAGUAAUGAACCCAAUACAUCAGAGUCAUGUGGAGUGACAUGUGUCACUCAAAAAAGAAAGGAAAGUGAAAGUUAAAAGAUAACAACUUAAAACUCGUUGAUCAACUAGGUGUUCUUGGUAUACUUGACCUGUUGUCGCGGGGUGUGCUUUGCAGAUUUAUUUAACUCUUGUUUGUUUGUUGUUUUUUCUGUGUGCACAGUGCAAACGGUUUUCGUAGCCUGUUGUCACAAAUAUAGCUGCUAGGUGACGCCUGACGUACGACUAGAAAAAAAAACAAUUUCCUUAGGGUUCGUUUCCCACUGUUCACAUGUCCGUGUACGUGAUGUCUCGAGUCUACUUAUAUCAUUGUAAAAAAAAAUGUACAUUAUUGUUUCGGCCAGCAAGCGUUUAACAUGAGUUGGCUGAAGUUAUAGUUGUCCAAAAUCUUCAAGAUAUUUGAUGUUUUGAAACAGCCCUAACAAGGAUGGCUAGCUUUAUCCUUUAGCUUUGUAGAUGUCGACGUAGACGAAGAAAAUAGGCUUGCUUCUGUGAAAUAAAUGUUAAAUUUAUGGUAGGAGCACUUGAAUUUUGAAACAGUAGAAUAUAUGGUAUCUGUAGUUCCACAAGAUGUGUGAAUAAAUACGACACGUAAAGUGUAAGGUCCUUUAGAAUUAUGUUCCAUGAUUUAACAUAUUGAAUAAAAAAAGACGACUUCGUGAAAACCAACUGAGUUACAUAUUAACGUUUUCUAAUAUUCAGAGUAAGGAUAAAGUCUAUUGGUGUUUUAAUAAUAGGUUGCAUUUUGUUUGAUUUAUAUCAUAGAACAAUUAAGACUAACUUAAGCCAACCUAAGAUCGUGGAAUAAUUGAAAUCAAGACACUCGAAGUUGAAAGCGGUUUAGCCAGACUAAGAUCGUGGAAUAACCGAACUCAAGAAACUAGAAGUUGAGAGCGGUUUAGCCAAACUAAGAUCGUGGAAUAACCGAACUCAAGAAACUAGAAGCUGAGACAUCAAGUUAAGAUAUUUAGAGCUUUUUGAAACCAAGAAUUGACAAGGCAACGAUAAAUCAUGAAGAGAACAAAGGCCAGAAAACGAUGAAUUGAAGUUAAAAUGACAUAAAUCAGAAUAAAAUAAGUACUAAAUAUUUGUAACGUGCGCAUAUAUUAAAUACAAUUAUAGAAUGAAAUGUUGAUAAAGAACUCUUCAAAAUUUUGAAAGUAAUUUGUUUGAGUUUUCUUAAUAAACAUUAAGAUCAAUACGAAACCGAGGACUAGUAAAAUAGUUUUAAAUGCUUAUUCUUAAUAAUAUAUUUUUCGUACGAUAUAAUCCAUUUCUCAAUGAAACACACAAGUUACUUAGGAUGUUUCCUCAAACACCGAUAAUACCACAUGCUGCUGAGGGGGUUUCCUCAAACUAUGAUAAUACCACAUGCUGCUGAGGGGGUUUCCUCAAACUAUCAUAAAACUACAUGCAGUUGAGGGGGUUUCCUCAAACUAUGAUAAUACUACAUGCUGCUGAGGGGGUUUCCUCAAACUAUGAUAAUACCACAUGCUGCUGAGGGGGUUUCCUCAAACUAUCAUAAAACUACAUGCUGCUGAGGGGGUUUCCUCAAACUAUGAUAAUACUACAUGCAGUUGAGGGGGGUUUUCUCAAACUAUGAUAACACCACAUGCUGCUGAUAAUAAUGUUCACUUUAUGUUUAUUAAUGUGCUGUGUGAACGAUAGAGUCGUUUCAUUUUUUCGUCCUUUUUUCUGAUUGUAGUUAUCCUGGAAACUGAGCAAACAAACACACCCGUUGUUUAGUGAAAUGUAUUCUCACUGGUCUUGGUUAACUAUAUUUAAUGUGAUUGUAAGUUAUGUGUAAUAACGUAGUUUAAUCAUCCAUCUUAUGGCACACAUACAUGUUCAUAUCUUUUAUAAAAAUGGAUAUAUUAUUGUAGACUAAGUUCACAAAUGAUAUUAUUAGACACAAUUGGGAGUUAAAACGGUGUUAAAUGGUAUUCCUCGUUGGAGAUAUUCCUUUAUUUUCUUUGUCUUUAUAUAAAAUUCCGUACGUCACACUUCACGCUCGUCAUAAAACGUGGUCGAACUCUUACGAUUAGAUUCCCUAACUCGGACACACGCCAUUGAUCACUGUCAAUCUCUCUGAUUUCUAAAGUGAAAAAAAAACAACAACAAGAACACUCAAGCUUAAAGUGUAAUCGUCAACAUGAUUAUAAGCUCUAUGUGUAUCUUUCAGGGGAGCUUACAUGAUUAUAAGCUCUAUGUGUAUCUUUCAGGGGAGUUUACAUGAUUAUAAGUUCUACGUGUAUCUUUCAGGGGAGUUUACUGAACAUUCCUGUGUUUUAGGAUUUUAAGCGACAUCUCAUGGUUAUUUGUCUCACAUACCCUAAAACUUCUGGCUGAACCUACAGGCAAAAGGGGAAAACAAAGAAAGUUUGAUGUGUGUUUUUUAAAGUAUGUAGUUGGUGUUUGUUUAUUAGAUCUGUAUAUGAACUUAGCUUUUAUAAGGUAGAGGGAGGUGUAGAUGAGGGUUGGGUUAUAUUUCUUUAAAAAAAUAUACUUCCGGUUUUGGUAUGCUAUUCCUGCUCUUCGUUUAUUUUCUAUUUGAUAUUAUUAAAAAUUAUAUCGCUAUAUAUAUAUUGCAAUAUCUUAUCUCAGACAUUAAAUCAUGCCAAUAAAAUGAACAAUAAUUAUGUACAGCUCACAAAGUAAUAUUAAUUUAUAAAUGUUUUACUGGAUAGAUCUUUUUUAGCGAUAUUUGAGGAAACAUUUUCUGUUCUUGUGCUCUAGAGGGACCAAUUCACAAAUCUAACAUAACUUGUUGUUAUUCAACAGCGAUUAUGUAAUGUUUCGAUACCUGAGGAGUACUAAGUGAUGUUAUGUUUUUAGAUUCAUGUAAUGAUUGAAGUUUUCUAGUUUCAGCCAGUCAUGAAUAAGAUGUGAGUGCUUUAUUAACCAUCAAGGUUAGCUUAAGCCAGUGCUAUAGGUAUGAGACGAAAUUGGUUUUUAGUGUUUGUGUUGGUGAAGUUUUCUAGUUUCAGCCAGUCAUGAAUAAGAUGUGAGUGCUUUAUUAACCAUCAAGGUUAGCUUAAGCCAGUGCUAUAGGUAUGAGACGAGAUUGUUUUUUAGUGUUUGUGUUAUCCGAAAAGAAAACAUAUGUUCGAUAGCUGAUAGACUGUGUUCCGGUACUUUUGUAUAACACAUAGAGAAUUGUGGUUGACGAGGAAGUACUCGCCCUCUUCAUGUAAAUAUGCUAGUUGUAAAUCAUACGUGUAGUAUAGUAGCAAUUAUACUGUGGUUUGACAUAGCUCUUUGAAUUCACUGUAGUUUCAUUAUAUUUUUAUUUGUGUGCCAAGCCUGAAGUCUCGGGCCAAAGUACAAUUUUCAGGUAUUCGUUUCUUGUUGUUUUACUGAUUCCUGUACUGUAUAUGCGUUGAACAACUCAACAUUUGUUGUCUAAUCAUCAUAAAUAGUGUCACUACAGAAUGCCUUGCUGCAUUUUAUUGUGACAAGAAUUGUGCAGUCAUUAGCUUCACGUUACAGCUGAUUCUUUGACAGGGUUAUUCUACUUAUUUUUACUUAAAAAUGACAUUUCGCUGGUGGUAAUCCUUACAUUCACCUGUUUCAUUUGUUAUGGUAAAAUGUUUCUAAAAUUGGCACAGUCAACAGAAACGUAUGGAACUAAUUUGGCAUGAUAAUAAAUUACUAUGCGAUUUUGUGUAUUAAUUUACCCUAUUUUACGUGACAAAUAUGCUUUAGAAGAUUCAGUCUUUACACGAACAGUCAUCGAUUGAAGGACUUACUAUUAUUGGGUGUCACUUUUCUUAUUCUAUAAAUUCUUACACAUAUGACUAAGAUAUCAUGGCAUGAAUUAAUUCCUGUAGGCGGGUUUCAAUAUGAAGUACACACAGAAAUGGAAAAUCCUGGUAAAACACGAUCUGAUCUGCCAGCCACGCCCGGAAGACACGCCCUAAUAGGAGAUGAAGUGAUAAGA